GGCUCUCCUCCCACGGGGGCGGGGAAGGAAGAUGGCGGCGCCCAGCAGCCGGUGAGGAGAGAGGACACGGGGGACCCCGGGGAGCGGCCGGACUCGUGCGGUAUGGCCGCAUCCCCGCACACUUUCUCCUCACGCCUCCUGACAGGUUGGGUGGGAGGAUGUGUCUGGUAUCUGGAAGGAAGAGCUAUGCAGGAAUCCCCUCGCGAGUUCAUCCGUCUUUUCAGGAGCAUCCGUAAGCAGUGGAUGACAUUUCAACACUUUACCUUCCUCAGGCGCAUGUAUGUCACACAACUGAACAGAAGCCUCAACCAGCAAGUCAAACGGAAGCCAGAACCCACGGUGUCCCCUUUCCUUGAGAGAAGCUCUUUGGCUCAGACCAAAGCAGAGACCUGUGCAAUGAGACCUCUUCCACCCCCCCACCUACCUUUAUCCAGAAAGCCCAAUGAUAAAGAACUGCUGGAACUGGAAUCGGCCUCCGUAAUUGAGGGCUCACUCGAUGUGGGAAGAGAGACCAAGGAUGAAAAGCAGUGGAAAGAGAUGAAACUCCAUCUGGAUGAUUUGCCAGGAAUCUUGGCUCGGCUGUCCAAAAUCAAACUCACAGGUACAUUGCUUUUCCCGUAUCGUCACAUUCUUGCUUAAAGCCUUACUUGUGGUCAGAUGCCGCCGCCCCCAAAGGAAUAUCUUCAAACUGCUGAUCCUCCAUUGGUGGUUUUUGCUCUCUUCAGCGUAAUUGAGAUUUAAAACCAAGUUUUCCAAACUCCGUUUACACGGAACUGUAAAUGGUUUUGCACCAAACGCGUGGUACUAAAACUAGUCUCUCUCUUACUUGCAAUUAAAGUACAAUGCCUGUCCUGCA